AUGUCAUCAAACAGUAAUAAAGUUAGCAAAGUUGGUGAUAAUUAUUAUCAAAAUGAUACGAAGAAUAAUAGUUUGAGUGGUGCGUUCGCGGAUAAAAGUGUUUCACAGCUGAAUGGAAGAUACAGAUCAAAAAGUUUGUCGAGUGAUAAGUUGAGUCAACUUAAUGCAGAUCGGGCUGCGAUAUUAGAGGAUGUUGAUACGGAAUAUUUAACAGAAAAAUCUGAAACACCCGGCUGUUUAGUUAAAAAUAAAAUUAUGGAACAAGAUACACAAGCAACGAUUAAUGGCUACCAGGGUGGUAAAGUGUCAUAUGGAACAGAUAGUCCCGCCAAAGGUCGGCGAGUGAUAUUCUGCGUUCAUGGUAACCCGUCCACUGGCUGCUGCGCCGUCAUCGAAACCAACCCAGAUGGCGAGGAAAAUGGAAGAAAUGGCAGUAUUACUGAAGUUGAAAGGCAUUGUCACAGAUCACGUAACGAGGAAAUAGACAAACGCGCGAGAAGAAAACUUAUAAUAGCCAGUAUAUUAUGUGUUAUAUUUAUGAUAGGAGAAAUUGUAGGUGGGUACAUGUCAAACAGUCUGGCAAUAGCGACAGAUGCCGCGCAUUUACUCACAGACUUCGCCAGUUUUAUGAUAUCAUUGUUCUCGCUAUGGGUCGCCACCCGACCCGCGACUAGACGGAUGCCUUUCGGUUGGUAUCGAGCGGAAGUCAUAGGAGCCCUAACAUCCGUUCUUCUCAUCUGGGUGGUGACAGGAAUUCUGGUAUAUAUGGCGGUGCAAAGAGUCAUCUACAAGGAAUUCGAAAUAGACGCGACUGUUAUGCUGAUCACCUCCGCUGUUGGUGUUGCCGUUAAUCUUGUAAUGGGUUUGACCCUCCACCAGCAUGGUCACAGUCACGGCGGUGGUCACGGUCACUCGCAUGGCAGCGCUAAUCCGGAAUUGAAUAACAAGAAGGAACGGUCUGAGUCGGACGCAGAAAGUGUGUCGUCGCAUGCGCACGAAGAUCACAGGGAGAAUAUUAACGUACGCGCUGCGUUUAUUCACGUACUAGGAGAUUUCUUGCAGAGUUUCGGCGUUUUGAUUGCAGCUAUUGUUAUAUAUUUUAAACCGGAUUGGAGCAUGGUAGAUCCCAUAUGUACCUUCCUCUUCUCAGUUCUGGUGCUGAUCACAACAUUUAAUAUUAUCAAGGAUACUCUGCUUGUACUGAUGGAGGGAUCUCCUAGAGGAGUCGAUUUUCAGGAAGUGGCGAAUACGUUCCUAUCACUUCCGGGCGUGGUUCGCGUACACAAUCUACGAAUGUGGGCGUUGUCGCUGGACAAGACUGCGUUGGCCGCCCAUCUUGCUAUACGUACCGGUGUUAGCCCACAAAAGAUUUUGGAACAGGCGACACGUUUGGUUCACGAGAAAUACCGUUUCUUCGAAAUGACCCUGCAGAUUGAGGAGUUCAGUGAUGGGAUGGAAGAUUGUAGUCAAUGUAAGAUGCCUCAGUCAUAA